AUGGAGUCCAAGGUGAUCUUCGUCCUGGUGAUGGUCUUCUCACUGGCCCUCAGCACCCUGGCCCAGCACCAGACCGAGACAUGUGCAGUGGACCCAGGCCACAGACAAAAUUGUGGCUUUCCCGGCGUCACACCUUCCCAGUGUGCAGACAAAGGUUGCUGCUUUGACAGCACGGUCCCUGGCGUCCCGUGGUGCUUCCAUCCUAUGGCUGUCGACAACCUUCCAGAAGAUGAGUGCUCCUUUUAGGCGCUCUCCAGGUGGGAGUGGCCCCUGACUUGGAAUGGCCCUUCCCUUCCCCAGGCCAGAGCUCAGCCAC